GAAAUCAAAAAGUCGAAACACAAGCGGUCGCACGACAAGGAUGAACACAAGACGAGGAAGAAGCACAAGUCUGGCCUUGACAAAAAGGGCAAGAAAAAGGCUCGCGACACUGUCCAUAUAACAGACGAUGACCCGGACGAUGAUGACAUGUGGGUCGAGAAGAACAUUGACAUGGACGGUCAACAUGUCGUAGCCAAAGACAUUCCUACCGCUGAGAGUCUCAACCUUACCUCCCAUGUCUCCCAACCAGAUGGUGGGGCUGCUUUGCCGCCUACCACCAAAGCUGGGACAGAGCUCAAGCGCGACGAAUGGAUGCUCUUACCCCCUUCUGGCUCGAAUCAACCCUCUCAGAGCGCGUCACGUCCUCUAGCCCAGCAGCUGCCUACAGCAGACGACUCACUUACCGAAGAUUAUGGCGAUACCCCGGAAGGCGCGCGUACCCUUGGAGGCGGUGUGGAUUUCUUCGCAUCCUUGGGGAAAGAGCAUAAGCGUAAGCAGCCCGACAAGCCCGACCCCGAGAAGAUCAAGGUCAGUUCGAGAGAAUUGAAUCAAGAUAUUCGGGAAGGCAAACAGAUUGACAACGCCGCGCCGCCGCCACCGCCAAAAGCUGUUACACCUGGAGGUCCAGGUUCUUCAUGGCGCAUGAUGCGUCUUAGACGCGUCUACGAAACGGCAGAGGACGAGGACAAACCCAUCGAAGAGGUGGCUCUCGAGCGCUUCGGCACCCUCCAGGCCUUUGAAGAAGCCAAGGAAGAGCGGCGCAUUCUUGAUGAACGCGAGGGCAGGCGUGCAGGUGGCGGCAGCGCGAAAGGUAAGGGGCGCGAAGGAGAGGGUCAGAAAGGCUUCAUGUUCACUGACAUCGGCGGAAGCGGCGCGUCCAGCCGCAGCUCGUCCUUCCGUCGCCCCGGGACCGCCGAGCGGAGUGAACGCUCUACACCUACUCCUGCGUCCUCUUCUGAUGCUCGCGCCGGAAACAAGCGCCUGGACUCUCUCCGUCUGCCCUCGACUGCUGCAUCACCUCUUCAACAAUCACAUACACCCAUCCCGACUGUCAUGACUCCACCCGUUGCCUCUACAUCGACCAGACGCGCCAUGUCCCCUUCCUCUCUCAACAAACUCCAGGCCAAAGUCCUCCGCGCAAAACUCAUGAAUGCACCCAAUGCAGCAGAGCUCGAACGCGAGUACGAAGAAGAAUCGCGGCGUGGGCAAGGCAUCGUCGAGGGCAACGUGCGCACCAGAGUCGAGGUCCUCCCCACGCUCGACGCGCACGGACGCAUGUACGACGUCGGGCACGGCAAGAACGACGGCGAGGCGCUACCGGGAAACCGCAGGAAGAAGCCAGAGAGGGUCGAAACGCGCGACCCGAAGACGGGCGACGUCGUGCGCAUCAAUGCCGACGACGAUACCAUGACGCUUGGCGAGAUGCUGAGGCAGGAGAAAUUCGGGGCUGGCAUGGCGGACCAGAAGGAUCUCGAUGCACAGUUCGCAAAGGCCAUUAUGGGUGAUGGCAAAUUUGAGAACAAUCUUGAUUAUAUUGAUGACAAUGCCGAAAAACUGGGCCGUCAGAAGAUGAGAUCAGACGCUAUGAAGCGCCAAUUUGCCAUCAACGACUAUAAACGCACCCAAAAGGUUCUUGCGACCUGCCAGUUCUGCUAUGGCGAGGACGACUCACCACCGAAAGCCCCGGUCAUCGCAAUGGGCACUCGUACCUACCUAUCCUGCACACAGAACGAGGAGUUGCUCGACGGCCACUGUUUGAUCGUCCCCAUCCAGCACCACCUUACCAUGCUCGAAGCCGACGAUGACGUCUGGGACGAAGUCCGAAACUUCAUGAAAAGCCUGAUGCGCAUGUUCGCCGAAGAGGACAAGGGCGUCAUCUUCUUCGAGACCGUCAUCUCGCUCCGGGCACAGAAACACACCUGCGUCGAAUGCGUGCCGCUGCCCUGGGAGCACUUCGACGACAUCCCCCAGUACUUCAAGGCACGCACUCUCCCUCGUCACGAGUCCAUCCUCGCCUCAGAGGCCGAAUGGUCGCAGCACAAGAAGCUCAUCGACUUCUCGGCGCGGCCCGGCGGGUUCAGACGCGCAAUGGUGCCCAACCUGCCCUACUUCAUGGUCCAGUUCGACUACAAGGGCGAAAAGGGGUACGGCCACGUCAUCGAGGGCACGGGCGACUCUGCGGCCGCCGGCGAGGAGGACGGCGCGCUCGACGAGGGUGAGAAGGGCGGCGGAGAUUUCCCGAGGUACUUCGCUGGCGAGAUCAUCGGCAAUGUGCUUGACAUUGAGCCCCGGCGGUGGAGGCGCCCACGCCGAGUCGACAGUCAUGCUCAAAAAGAUCACAUUGCACGGUACAAGAAGCGGUACAAGCAAUAUGACUGGACAGGCUUGAUCGGGAGGUAAAACAAUGUGUGGUGCUGUCGUCGCUAUAGAUGGUAUUGUAUGUAGUGGUAGUGAUGCAAGAGAUGCAUAGAGAACAGCUAUAGGAAGUGUAAGUAGUAAAUAAGUAAGAAUGAUCUUGCUUAGUUGCCUAACAAGAUAGUCCCUGAUACAUGUAAAGUCAGCCCUGAGCGCACCACAUGUGAAGGAAGAGGGCAUGUGCGUUGUUCUCCACACGACAGAAUGUACGCCCUAUCCCACGAGUGCACUG